AUGGCUCGUCAUGCUCCUCUACAAGAAGCGCUGAUUGCGCUGUCAAAAGAUUUGAGUUUGCAGUCGUACGUCAGCUUUUUGGACAUGGUCAAGACAGCAAUCGAUGUCAUUCUAGACUCUGGUGGUCAACGUGGCAGAGUGGUGGAUAAAGAACACCAAUUGUUCGGACCAAUUCUUCGACAGACUUCUCAAGCUAAACUCAUUAUGUUCAUGUUGGGAUUUGAAGAAAUUUCCGAGUCAGACAAGUGCAUGUUUUUGUUGGAUUUUGAGAGUCAUGUUGAAAUGAUGAGAUUGUUUAAAGACAUUGCUGAGAAGAGUUUAGCAACAGGAGUCAGUGGACAGACACGGAUACUGGAUGCAUAUAGUUCUCUAAUGUCAGAUGACCCAUAUGUGGUUGUGAUUCAUUUAGGAUAUUUCUAUUUCUUGAGGUUUGUUCUUCUUACAUUACACACUGAUCACCGAGUGCUGAAAGAUCUUGGCAUCGGUGAACAGAUAAAAGUUGCAGCUGAUGCAAUUGAAGUAGCAGCUAAGAAACUUGAUGUGUUGCAACUUAAGGGCAUGGCGUGUAGAUCAUGGAUUGAAUGUAAACAACAAGUUCUUGCAUAUGUUGAUUCUGUGGGUACCAUGGGUGGAGAUGAUGAUGUGGUAGCAGUCCAGAAGAUGUCUUUUAGUCAGAGAUUUACUCAAACGGCAAAUCUGAUUGCUAAUGAACUGCGGAGCAACACUUCUGAAGAAUUUGUAGAUGUAUUUCUGUUCAUGCAUUUAACAAGGGUUGUCUUGUCUCAAACAAAUGUUGGUCAGUUGCUAGUUGACAAUGAUCUUUGUGAUUAUGUGCGAGUGUCAUGCAGUUUGCGUUCUGAAUACUUUACUGAGGAUAUGACAAAAUCGGUAGAGACAAUACGGUGUCGCUUUACUGAAGCUCUUGACCAUCCUCUUGAUGCUGAGACAAUACAAAGUCUUCAUCACUUGGUUGGUUGGCAAGUCCAUGGCUUCUUACAGUGUCUGAAGCCUCCAAGACAUUUCAAACACAAAUUCCAAACUACAACACUUCAUAGCAAUGGCUCUCUUUCAAGAAGUAGCCAAGUACAAAGAGUUAACUUACAGAUUCCGACGGUUUCACAUGCAGAGAGCUUUCACUCUGAAAUGCUUGGAGAGGGAGCUGUAGUGGCUGGAUCGACUGGUUUACUUGACACAGUGUCUUUUGAUAAUGCUGUUGAUAAGGAAGUUGGUACUAAUGAUGAAAAAAGGGAUGAAGAUAAUGCAGAGAAGGAAGACUUUGAAGAUAUGUAUGAUGACGAGGAUGAAGUAUGUGCAGAAGGAUUCUCAACAGUCAAUGAGGCAAUGCCUAACAGCAGCUCUAAAGGUUUUUCUGCUGAAUUUAAUGAGACGAGAUCAAAAGUUUCUUCUACAAUUUGUCAUCAAAGCAAUGACGAUAAAAUUUGUUAUGAUGUGGAAGAACUAGUUCAGUGCCUUGAUUCUACUACUACGUUUCGUGAGCGCUGUUUGUUGCUGAGUAGUGCUGUAAAUGCAUUGAGACAGAAAUCAGCAGAGAAGGAGAAAUUGUCACGUGACGUUUGUGAUCUGCAAGAGUCAUUCAAUUUGUAUCGAGAAUUUAAUGUUGUAGUCGAUGUUCUCAAACCAGUUUGGGAGGAAAAGAAGAAGCAGCUUGCUGUAGCUAAAGUUGAGAUUGAGACUUUGAAAACUCUUAAAGAUCGACUUUGCAAAAGGAAGAAAUUCGGUGAUACUGAGCAUGGACUUGUGGCAAAGUUUGUGUGGAAAAUUUUGAGAUCAGCGAACGGUGACUACUAUAAGCUGUCUUGCCUUGACUCUGCAGUUGUCAGAAGUGAUCGCAAUUCUAGAAUGUUAUCUGAAGAAGCUAUGGAAUCGGCUACUUGACAGUUUGAGUUGACGUCGAUCUCUUCUUUUUAAUUGUAUGUCCUCAAUUAUAUCUAAGCUUAGUUAGCUAUAGCACCUCUGCGUACAGUGCACGCGUGUGACUUUGUAAAUACCGGUAGACCGGUCUAGUUAUCUAGAUCACUCUACUUUCCUCAAUGUUGCAACUAAGAUUCUCAAUCCUUUGGAUGCCAAUGACGUCAUUAACUUUCAUGACGUACUCUAACAUUAAUA